AUGGACGUCGAGGCGAAAUGCAACAUGAGUUUGAGGGAAAUAUUGGCCAACUUGAUAUUUAUCGCUUGCAUCGACUGCCACCAAUCACUGAUACAGCAUUCCACUAAACUGUACUUGUGUAAUACAACGAAAUUGACAGAGGAGCUUUUCUACGAGACCAUGCUGUACGAUUUCCAAAACUUUGGCCUAAUUAAGCUUUCCAACUCGCUGCCUCUGGAAGAACUGUUUAUGCUUGGACUGCGGACACAAGAAGCCGAAUGGAAUCCAGAAUUAGGUGACAUGAGAGAAAUGGCCCAACAGAUGACCAAAUUGUUGGUUAGCAAAAAGGAGAUGCUAUUUGAGUAUUUCUCAUUCGAAAUUAGCAACGACGGUGAUUUAUUAGCACUGCCCCUGUUACUAGAUGGCCACACUCCCUUUAUGGGUGCGUUACCUACUUAUCUUGUGCGCUUAGUAACAGAAGUGAACUGGGAAGCUGAAAAGGACUGCUUUGAGACAUUCAGUCGUCAGACCGCAAUAUUUUACUCACAACCAAAUCCAGAUAGCACUGUUGAAGCUCAAAAGGCUGAAGAGUGGAAACAAGAGCAUGUCAUAUUUCCGGCAAUAAGAAGAAACUUCUUGCCACCUACUAGUUUUUUAAGCAAUGGUGUCAUUUUACAAAUUGCUAAUUUAAGUGAUCUCUACAAAGUAUUUGAAAGAUGU